AUGUCUCAAUCGCUCCUGCCAGCGAAAUUGAAUCUGCCAGGCGCAAGAUCAUAUCCGCCAUGCGUCUUCAACACGCAAGCAGAAAAGGACCUAUACAAACGUCUUCGAAAUGUGUAUGAAACGCAUUGCGAUACUUGGGAUGCCGAAGCACGCGAUGCAUGGCCAGUCGUUGUUGAACACGCAUCGUUGGCACCUUCAACAAUUGGCAAAAUCACGAAUCAUUACAUCACGAGACACAUGCAGAAUUGCGGCGUGACAUGGGCACAUGUGGUUGCACUUCGAAUCAUGUACGAGAAGCAGCUCUACAAGAGCAGAAAGUUGAUGGGACUCAUUCGAUGCAAAUAUCCAAAUGCAAGCUUUGAAACAUUUGCUUACAGCGAAGACUACAUGCUCUCCUUCAAAUCCGAAAUAGCCAGAGAAGCACAAGAGCCAACAGUUCCAAAGACUCCAGCAGUGGAAGGCAGUGUCCAAAGACGUCAGGGCGACGGAGGUCUACAGCUCACCAGAACACCCGCGAAUAACCACCACCGUGAGCUGAGCAAAGGGGCCAUUGAGUUCUUGAGCGAAGGAAAUUCCUCUGAAGAUGAGCCACUCAUGUGGAACUCGUCGAAGAAGACAAAACCGCCGCCUGCUCAGAAUACAACGCCGAAAAAGCGAGCUGCUGCCAGCAAUGCACGAAACGAAGGCGGAGCUGAGCCACACAGACGCACCAAGAAGCCGCGCCAUGCGGCCAGAGGCACUACAGAUGUAUCUCCACGUUCUGGAGAGGUCAAAGAGAGGACGAGCGAAGAGCAAGAAGACUCAAUUGACGUGUUCGACAAAUUCAUCAGUGCUAUCAAAGAGAAUACAAAAGCAACCAAGGAGAACAUAAGGGCCACCGAAAAGAGUACAAAAGCUACCGAAGAGAAUUUAAGAGCCAUCGAGAGGAAUACAAAAGCGACCGAAGAAAAAACGAAAAUUAUCAAGGAGAUGAGGGCACGCAGCAAAGCUGUUUCAAAGAAAGCCACAAAGGAUCAAAAUGUGUGA